AUGGGGAUGGAUCAGGAGGAGGACGAGGACACCCGCCGCCGGAUGGCGUCCCUGCAGGCGGCCCGAACCGCCCUCCGCGCCGGCGUCGAGCGGUCCCGGUCCCUGACCCACGCGCUGGCCCGCUCCGGCACGCGCAUGGCGGAGAUCCAGGCCCGCCUGCAGAGCGCCGAGGCGGCGGUGCGCCCGAUCCGCGCGCCGCGGGACGCGCUCGAGACGGCGGGCCCCAACAUCGACCGCGCCGUGGGCCCCGCCGCCGCGGUCCUCAAGGUGUUCGACGCCGUGCACGGCCUCGAGCCGCCGCUGCUCGCCGGCACCGCGCAGGACCUGCCCGGCUACCUCGCCCUCGUCGGCCGCCUCGAGGAGGCGCUCCGCUUCCUCGCCGACAACUGCGGCCUCGCCGCGCAGUGGCUCGCCGACAUCCUCGCCUACCUCGGCGACCGCGGCCUCGCCGACCCGCGCUUCGUGGCCGACCUCACCAACGCUCUCUCCAGCCUCAAAACCCCCUCCCCCGCUGACCUCGAUGCCGGCCUCCUUGCCGCGGCCCUCGACGUGCUCGAGGCCGAGUUCUGCCGCCUCCUCGCCGAACACUCCGCCCCGCUCACCAUGCCAAACCCAUCCACCAAACCCGCCCCCAUAACCCCGCCCCGCAUCCCGGCCGCCGCAGUGCAGAAACUCAGCCUAACCCUCGACCGCCUGGCCGCCAACGGGCGUCUGAGCUACUGCGCGGCCGCCUACGCCGACGCGCGGGGCGACACGGUGAGCGCCAGCCUACGCGCGCUCGGCCUCGACUACCUGCGCGAGCCGGCCGAGGACGCGCAGGCGCUCAGCCCCAGCGUGGAGCUCUGGGGCCGGCACCUCGAGUUCGCCGUCCGCCACCUCCUAGAAGCCGAGCGCAAGCUCUGCAUCGCCGUCUUCGCGCCGCGCCCCGAGGCCGCCGCCGCCUGCUUCGCGGACAUCGCGGCGCGGGCGGGGAUCCUCGACUUCCUGAACUUCGCGCGCGCCGUGGCCGACGCGCGCAAGGACCCCAUCAAGCUCCUCCGCUUGCUCGACGUCUUCGACGCGCUCAGCAGGCUCCGGCUCGACUUCAACCGCCUCUUCGGCGGGAAGGCCUGUGUGGAGAUCCAGAGCCGCACCCGGGACCUGGUCAAGCGGGUGGUGGACGGCGCCGUCGAGAUCUUCGAGGCGCUGCUCGUGCAGGUCGAGCUGCAGCGCAACAUGCCGCCGCCCGCCGACGGCGGGGUGCCGCGCCUCGUCACCUUCGUGCCCAAGUACUGCAACCAGCUCCUCGGGGACCAGUACCGCGCCGUGCUCACGCAGGUGCUCACCAUCCACCGCAGCUGGCGCAAGGAGCCCUUCGACGACAAGAUGCUCGUCGACGCCGUGCACGACAUCGUCAAGGCCCUCGAGGCAAACUUCGACACUUGGUCCAAGUCCUACCAGGACAAGACGCUCUCCUAUCUCUUCAUGAUGAACACACACUGGCACUUCUUCAAGCACCUCAAGAGCACCAAGAUGGGGGAGGUCCUGGGCGACGAAUGGCUCCGGGAGCAUGAGCAGUACAAGGACUACUACUCCCAGAUAUUCCUAAGGGAGAGCUGGGGAACGCUUGCGCCCCUGCUGAGCAGGGAGGGCUUGAUCUUGUUCUCCAAGGGGCAGGCUACAGCAAGAGACUUGGUGAAGCAGCGCUUCAAGUCCUUCAAUGCUAGCUUUGCUGAGAUGUACCAGAAGCAGUCCGCGUGGAUUGUGCCAGAUAAGGAUUUGCAGCAGAGGCUGUGCCACCUUGUGGUGCAGGCGAUAGUGCCUGUGUACCGAAGCUUCAUGCAGAACUACGGGCCGCUUGUUGAGCAGGAUGGCAGCGCCAGCAAGUAUGUCAAGUACAGCACUGAAGACCUUGAUAAGAUGCUCAGCAACCUCUUCAUGCCGAAGCAGCCGAGGAGGACUGGAAGCUUACAGAUCAGGAACUCAAAUGGCAAGAUUAACAGUGCAAUGACUGGGCUGUAUCGGAGCGCUUCAACAUUGCAGUAGAGCAUCUUCUCAACUGUGAAAAGAUUGGUUGGAUGUACAGAAUUGAGCAAUAACUGGAUAAUCAAGAAUUUGUUCACUUCGAGCCAGUAAUCUAUGAUCCAAUAAUGGCUUGAUGAUAAAGAGCUGCUGGAGAAUUAGAAGAACAUAAAACUUCUCCAGCACUGACAUAGUCGGGAAGAAGGAACCUGAAAUGUUUCCUCAGAGCAUGUCUUGGCCGCCUUCCCCUAGACCAUUCUCUUCACAUUAUUAUCUCUAGCGGUAUAUUCAAUUCAUUUUAGGAGCUUAUGCGGGGAGAAUAGCAUGUGUAAUCAGUUGUUGGUAUAUGUCAAAGAUUUGUUGUAUUAUGGGUUGGUGGUUAGUUAGAUAUGCUAUAAUUUUUAGCGUUAUCAACAUGCAGUGAAUUAUAUUAUCCCUGGUGUCAAAAAAUGACAGUUAUCUGGUA